CGGAUAUUAUUCGGGAUAGAAAUCCGAUGUUUCGAGCCGUGUUCGCAGCAGCGACGCGGCCUGUUGCUCUGCACCGGCCUCUCUCAAGAUACGUCCAUCAGAAACAGAGCUACGAGGAGCUCAAGGCUGACUUUGCGCGCUGGGCAAGGAAGGAAGUUGUGCUGGUUGGACUCUUCUUGGCCACAGGACUUGGCGCGGUGGCGGCGUAUACGUACCGCUCCGACGCCCCGUUGCAUCAAAUCGUGUACUGCAUCAACCAAGCUACUAUCGCCGCGGAGAAAGGCAAUGCUUUGGAAGCACGACAGCUCACGCAACGAGCGUAUGCAAUUGCCCAGUCUGUGAGUCCCCACGAACGGCACUUGCAUGAACUUGCAUUUUCCAUAGCCGCGCAAUACGAAGCCGCGGAACAGUUUCACUUGGCCAAGAAGUACUACAUCGAUUCGUUGGAACACAUUCCGUACAUCAGGAACGCCGCGGAAAAGGCAGAGCUAACGCGGAUGAUCACUCUGGAUCGGAUUGCUCAAUGCUGCCACAAUUUGUACAAGCAACAUAUAUCACCCUCGUUAUAUGAACCUUAUCUUAUUAGGUCCGACGUCAAGGAUGCCGUCCGAUACUACGAGAAAGCACUGGAACUGCACGUGCAGUACAAGAUCUCCACGUGUACACCCAUGGACGUUGAAGGUUGCGGUAUUUGGUUCAAUUAUGGUCGACUAUGCUUGGACAUGGACCAACCCGAGAAGGCGAAACCGUUGUUCGAUACAGCCAAACGCGUUGCGAUCAAGUGCAAUUUGCCCCAAGACAAGAUCGACCUGAUUGACGACCAGUUGGCCGUGGCCAGCCGCCACGAAAACGGCCCUGUCGACAUCACUCAGCAACAUCCCCAUGAAGUAAUGUAGAGUGUCAGUCACUACACACAGUCCCGACAUUCCCAGACGUUUAUAAGCCUGAGAAGUUUAGUGGUGAAACAUCCAAAAGUAGACAUAAUGUGACAUUCAAGUGAAC